GUGUGCUUUAAAAGUCUUUAAAGGAGCAUGUGAUUGCAAUGAAAAAAGGUAAGCAUAUCAACAUGCUCAGAAUCGAGGCUUGCCCUGAGCUUUUAAGCAAUGUUUCCUGCUGCUGAAAACAGAUGCUCUGAUGUCUCACCAAACACAAAAUAAUAAAACAUAAAAACAAAAAAUAAUGUAUUUGUUUGCUCAGAGCCUUAUUAUAGGUUCCAUUCUGUCUACAGCUGAAGUAAAGUGAAGUGAGAUUUUAAUGGUGUUUUGUAGCCUGUAAGCUGCUGAGAAAUUAAUGUCAGAUGAUGACAUGAUCUUGCUUCAUUAACAGGUGAAACUGCUUGUUAAUGAGGACGAGUUUGAGCGCUACGACUGCCUGCUGCUGAAGAACUGUCUGGACCAGUUGCCGGACAUUGUGUACUGCCGUCUCUACCUGUUCCAAGCCUGUGACCCUGGAGUCCAACUCCAACUUAGGCGAGUGUCUCUACUGUAACUACACCUUCUGUAACCUGUGCAGGCGCGAUUACCAUGGCAUCUCACCCUGCCGCUAAAGCUUUCAAAAACUUUCAGCCACUACUCAACCGUGUUCUAGUUCAGCGGUUGGCAGCAGGAACUGAGAUCAAGUCCCAAGUGCUCCAGGCCACUGUGGUGGCUGUGGGACCUGGUGCCUUCAACAAGACUGGAGCUAUAAUGCCCAUCGGUGUUAAAGUGGGCGAGAAGGUUCUACUGCCAAAAAAAAAGAGGCACAAAAGUGGUGCUUGAUGAUCAGGCUGGCCUUGUGAUACUUGGACAACAACGACACUCGCUGCAGAUAUGGCUCGCACUUUUACGACUAUAUUUUUCGAAGUCCGUAAGCAGAUCGUGAAAAGUGGACAAAUCAUUUUUAAAGGACAACAAAUUCCUGAGGCUAAAGCUUUCAAAAACUUUCAGCCACUACUCAACCGUGUUCUAGUUCAGCGGUUGGCAGCAGGAACUAAGAUCAAGUCCCAAGUGCUCCAGGCCACUGUGGUGGCUGUGGGACCUGGUGCCAUCAACAAGACUGGAGCUAUAAUGCCCAUCGGCGUUAAAGUGGGCGAGAAGGUUCUACUGCCAAAAAAAAGAGGCACAAAAGUGGUCCUAGAAGAUCAGGACUAUUUCUUGUUCUGGGAUGGAGUUAUCCUGGGAAAAUUUAUAGAGUAGUUCGUAGUUUUUCAUACCCAAGUAGUGUGUGUUUAUUUUUUUGCUUUCUUUUCAGUUCAAUUGUAAAUAAUUCUGUUCAAAUGUUAUUUUAAUAAAGUGAAUUUGAGGAAAUCCUGAGGUAUUGUCUGACUUUGGAUCUGUAGAAAUGUGCUGUAAGGUCUCAUUCAGCAUAUCAGCCUGUUUAAUGCUGUGGUUAUUUUCAACUAGUUGAAAUUUUAAGUAAAAUUAUAAACCUAAUGGUUCACCCUGAAAGAUUUCACUUUCU